AAUUGAAAUUAAAAGACAAUAUUGAAAAGUGUUCUAUUGAUUCAUCUGUAAUUUCUUCGUUUCUUCGGCAUCAAUUUCUUCCUUCACUUAAAGCUUACGUCAGCGAAAAAUAUCCUCGUCUGUAUCGAUAUUAUAAUGUAAAUCUUUAAUAAACUGUAUCCUGCUGCGAUUGUUGUCAACAAGAAAGACAUCGCAGUAAGUAGAGUUUAAAAGAUUUGGUUGAUUUUCUCAAUUCGAAAGGCAUUUUAUGUCUAUUAGAAAGCGUCGAUCCCACUUCUAGUUUCAUUAAGUAUCGUAGCCUCUUCAAUGACUGCAUGAACAUAAAUCGGUAGAAUCAUAAUAUCAUAUCCAGAAAUCAGGUUGAUCUCGUAUGGUAAGAUGAUAACAAUGUAUGACAAUCUACAAAAAGUUAUGUACUUCGCUAAGUCCUGCGCAUCUAAAAUAUUUUCAAUUUGAGUUUAACAUUGAGCAGUUGAUCAAGAAUGAAUUCUGAAGGGAUAUUGAGUAGGAAAACCAAAAUGACUUAACGAAGCUUCUCACAGAGGAAUCUUACGAACCAUCGAAAAACUUCAUGAUAAAAUGGGUAGAUUUUAUGUCCACAAUCGGAUGGCAAGGCAAACCACGAUGAAGAAAUUGAACUUUGUGAAAUAAGUGACGGAGAAGCGACAACGCAAACUAGGAUAUCAAGACCAGUCACUGGGAUACGGAUAUUGCAAGAAAUCCCUAAACGUUUCAUAAUUUUAGUUAUGAUUGCACUGGCUAAUUUCAACAUGUAUUGCAUAAGGAUGUGUGUGAACGUGACCAUUGUAGCAAUGACGCACGGAGAAGAUGACCAUGCAGCAUAUCACAAAUGUCACGUUCAUAAAGAGACGAGGUACAAUUCUGGCGUCCCUUUACUGGAGCUAUACUGCUCUUCAAAUACCGGCAGGAUUGCUUUGUACAAAGUAUGGCAGUUCAUUUCUACUUGGUAUUGCAAUUUUUGGCUCCUCGGUUCUUACGCUUUUCACACCACUGAUCGUUAGGGCGAACGUCAGUGCCUUCAUAGUACUACGGGUACUGGAAGGUGCAUUCUUGGGUUUGGUGGCGAGUUCAGGCAUUGAUUUAAUAAGCAAAUGGUCACCUAUUUACGAAAGGAGUAUUUUCGUCACCGUUUCAUAUGCAGGAGCUCAAGGAGUCCUCUGGUAUUUAUGUUGGCUGUAUCUGGGGGUGGAACAACCAGCCGAUCAUCCUACUAUAUCUCGGUCUGAGAUACAAAAGAUUGGAAAACACUGGACAACUAAAUUGAAAUUUCGUGAAAUUCCAUGGAGAUAUAUGCUCACAUCGAUAAGAGUUUGGGCGAUCAUACUUCCCGUCUUUAUGGAUUGUUGGUGUUUCUACACAUUUAUGCUUUCACUUCCAAGCUAUCUCAGUGAUGUUCAUAAACUAGAUAUAACAACGAUUGGUUUCACUAGUUCCAUUCCUUAUGUAGUAGCAGGACUACUCACACCUGCAUGGGGAUUUUUCAUAGAUAUGUUGAGAAAACGAAAAUAUUUAAGCACAACAAAUGCCAGAAAACUCUCUUAUUUGUUUGGUGCUGGAAUAGGUGGAGUCUUUAUCUUUGCCAUGGUUUAUGCAUCUAAUGCCUCAACUGCUAUUGUCAUAGCAACCAUAGCAAUUACAGUAUCAAACUUUAGCUAA